AUGGCGCCGAAUGGCAAAGCGGACAGAAAAGUGGACGCUGCUUCGAAACCGCCACCACCGGAGGUGGUGAGAUGUUCCUAUGUGGUGCCUAACAAGGGCCGUCGCUGUCGCUUUCCGGUGCUUCCUGGGACGAGCUUCUGCGGGGCACAUCGAGAGGAUGAGUCCGUCGAGCGGGUGCCGUGCCCAUUGGAUCCCAACCACACGGUCUUUAAGAAUCGCCUCCAGCAGCACCUGAAGAUCUGCACCAAGGCGCGUGACCAAAGCGUCGUGCAGCGGCAGCCCUUCUACCGCCGCGGCGUCAACGGCGCUGGGGACAGCGUCCCCAGCGCCCUUGCCGACGCCGUGGCGGUGAGUGCCGCCGGAGAGGAGGUGGUGAGAGAUUGGAUGCGACGGAUUUCGGAGGCAUGGCCCAAAGCGGUGAAGCAAGUCUUGGGCGAAGCUACCUGCCCGGAGGGUCUGCUGGAGAAGUCGGUGGUGCUGGAGGGUGGGCAGCUGGCACAUGCGGAGAAACACGAUGUGCAAAAUCAAGCGCUGGCAGAUCUGAUCCUACAGGACCUGCGCCUAAAGAGCAAGAUCCCAGGGGUGGUUCUGGUGGAGUAUGGGUCCGGCAAGGGCGGCCUGGCCAAUGCGGUGCUGAGGCAAUGCCCGGGCCUUCGGUGCGUCUUGGUGGAGCGUGAGCCUCGAAGGCACAAGUUCGAGAACAAGCAAGACAACAAAGAAGAGCAGGUCUUGCGUUUGCGCCUGGAUAUCGUUGACUUCGACCUGCAGCAGUUCCUGUCUCCGGCCCUGGAUCCGCAGUCUCUGCCAUCUGCUGCUGACUUGAGUGGUGGGGCGCUGAAAACGAUAUCGGUGAAAUACCUGGGUGAUGUGAAACGACGUGUUUCCAAGCUUCGGCGCAAAGCAAUGAGAUUCCUCCCUCAGCGAUUCUCAGUUCAAGACAGCCAAGUCGCCCCAUUGACCACUGAUUGGUUCGGUAUGAAGUCCUCGGCAAUGAGUGCCUUCUCGAUGGCUGUCACUGUCUCCUUGACGGCUUUCCUGAUGGGCACUUUGCAAGGCUGUGGCAGCGAUGUAUUUACCGUGGACACCACGUGCAGCCGUUCGGUGGUAGAUUCCUGCAUUAGUGCCUUAGACAACUCCAAGGCAUUGGCAGGAGAUUGCAAUGAAAUCACCACUUUCCUCGAGUGCUUUGCGCCAUGCUGUGACUAUGACAUGGCCGUGAACCCUCCAUCAGUCACUACGAUUGAUGGGAUCAACAUAGAUGUGUCACUGGGCUCUUCGGCGAUCGAGUACUGGGCAAGCAAAGCUACAGAACACGGCUGCGGCAGCACUGUUUCGUGCAGUGCCACCGCCACUGAAUCCCGCUUGGGCUCAGAAGCCCGAAAACACAUUGGUCGUUUCCAAGCUUCAGAGGCGCAAAGCAGAUCAAUGAGAUUCCUUCCUCAGCGAUUCUCAGUCCAAGACAGCCAAUUCGCCCCAUUGACCACUGAUUGGUUCGGUAUGAAGUCCUCGGCAAUGAGUGUCUUCUCGAUGGCUGUCACUGUCUCCUUGACGGCUGUCCUGAUGGGUACUUUGCAAGGCUGUGGCAGCGAUGUAUUGAACGGUACCGUCACCACCGGGUGCAGCAGUUCGGUGGUAAAUUCCUGCAUUAGUGCCUUUGACAACUCCAAGGCAUUGGCAGGAGAUUGCAAUGAAAUCACCACUUUCCUCGAGUGCUUUUCGCCAUGCUGUGACUAUGACCUGACCGUGAACCCUCCAUCAGCCACUACCAUUGAUGGGGUCAGCAUAGAUGUGUCACUGGGCUCUUCGGCGAUCGAGUACUGGGCAAGCCAAGCUACGCAAUACAGCUGCGGCAGCACUGUUUCGUGCAUUCAAGACAGCCAAGUCGCCCCAUUGACCACUGAUUGGUUCGGUAUGAAGUCCUCGGCAAUGAGUGUCUUCUCUAUCGCAGUUACGUUGACGGCUGUCCUGAUGGGCACUUUGCAAGGCUGCAGCAGCGAAGAGGGCGGCGCCGUCGCCUCCGGGUGCAGCAGUUCGAUCGUAGAUUCCUGCAUUAGUGCCUUCAACACCACUGCUGCCAUGGCAGGUCCACUAGCUCCACGAAAGCUGAAGGAUUUGGGCCAGCUGAACGUCUGGAGGAGUAUCUAUGCAGAAACUUUCGACGUGGAGGCUUACUGCCAAUACCUAGCAGGUCUAUGGCACAUCUUCGGCGCCAUUGAAGCGCAGUCCCUGAAGGCUGGAGAACCCGUGUCUCAGCUGGAUGAUGUGAAUCUGCAUCGACGUGAGGCGUUGCAGCAGGACCUGGCCUUUUGGUGGGGCAGCGACUGGCAGCAGAAAGCCUCCAAAGUGUCGACGGCCACAGCCGCAUACCUCCGACAGCUGCACAAAGACAAGAUUCCGAUGAUAAGGGAGAAUGAGGUUGAUGCGCACUGGCUCUUUCUGAUGGAUGUCUAUGCCACCUUCGGGGCUGCGCUGCCACAUCAGGGUGUCUUCAAGGCGCUGACUGAUGUCUUCUUUAGCGCGGCCCGGAAGUAUGGCUUUUUUCCUGCCAAGACCACCAAGAAGCAGAUCAAGGACUGGGCUGGAUGGCAAGCUGGAGUUGCACGUGGCAUGUGCAAGCAUGGUGUGACCCUUGCCACGAGAGCUCAGGGGUCCAGGAGUCGAAGGGUGGUCUUCUUGAAAAAGACCCUACGUUCUGCAGUGGCUGAGAUAUGUGGUGGAGGAGAUGUUGCUGAUGCCGUGAUCGACCAGAAGAUGAUGCAACAACUUGUUGACUCUGAGGACCAUGGAGAAGGCUCAUCACCAGGAGGUGAAUCCUCCUCCUCGGAGAGUGUGGUGGCUUCACUGCCACCGGCUGCAGACAAAGCUGUGGUAAAGGCCAAGGAUGAGAUGCCUGCACCACCUCCACCUGUUCGACCGAAAGUUCCAAAGCCUCCUACUGUGAACCCAGACAACAUGGAGACCCAGCCAAUGCCUGACCAGGAUGUCCAUGCGGAACCCCUUGCUGAACGCCGUCAAGCAUUCAAGGAGUCUCGACCCUUGAUGUCUGGCACCACAGUGGUUGAUGGCUCUUUGGAGGCCCAACUGGAGAAGCUAUGUGAUGAAACUGCAGCUGAAGUGCAGGAUGAUGAUUUAGUCCAAGCCCAGGCUAAGGUGAAGAAAGCUAUGCGUGGUGAAGCUGUUCCACCAGAACCCAAGGCAAAGAGCAGCGCUCGCAAGCGCAAGCGUGGCAAGCAGCCAGCCAAGGAUCCUGCUGAUGAGCCUAAUGGUGAGGCACCCGAAGGUGAUGGCGAUGUGCCUGCUGGAGGGGAUGGCGAUGAUGGGGCUGAUCUUCCCACUGCUGAUGGGGGGGAGCCGGAUCCGAAACCCAAGAGAAAAACACCAAAGGUUACCCCUGAUGAUGUUCUCAGCAAAUGGAAGCUGCAGGAGCCGUUGAUGCGCCAAGCCGGUGUUCCUAUCCCUGCUGACUACGAUGGGUACAAGAAGAGCUUCACUUUGACUCCCCCGAAGAACUGUCCUGAUGCUUCAGCAGUUGGAGUGCUGUGGUGGAGCGGAAGCUUUUACGUGUACAAUGCCCAGGACCCUUUGCCAAAUGGGGUGUCAAAGAAUACCUCCCAUGGGGUGACUAUCUCCAUCAAAAAGCGUGGAGGACAUUUGGUGGCAUGGGAUCUUGCCCGUCGCUGUGCCAAAUGGGCCUGAAUUGUUUAUCAUAUGUUUUGCUAGGGGGGAUGAGGAGCAACAGUCUCUGGCCCAGUUGUGUAAUUCACACUACUGGUUCCCAAUUUCAUGCUUAUGGAUGGUCUUCAACAUUUCACCGUCCAUUCAAUAGGCUCAAUUCACUUUGGGGUGCUGAUGGCCCACAACGUAGGUUAUCUACAUCUAUUGGAUCAACAAACGUCUCAUCGAUGGAAAAAAA